GUCACAUAUGAUGUAAACAAGCUACAGUAGAAAGUUUUCAAAUGGAGAUAGUACAGAUCUUUUUCAAUCUUGCUUGAGAAACAUUCAAGGAGCUCCCAAAGUGCUUCAGCUGACUGGUUCACAAAUUCGCCCUUUCGACGCUGUUUCUCCAUUCGCCAUGGACAACAGCAUACGAGAAAUUAACAUGAUCACUAGAAAGAGAGACCGUAGUGAAGUACUUCACAAGUGCUCCUCUACGUUCUCUGUUAUUGCAAUUGUGUUGGUUUUUGCUCUAUUUGCGAGAAUUGAGAUUGUUGCUCGGGAUUCAAGGGCAAUGGACUCGAAACUCUCGCUGCAAAUUCAGCAAAUCCGAGACGUUCUGAAAGAAAGCACAGCCUUUUCCCGCGGGAACGAAAACCCAGACAUCUCAAAUGCGAUCCGAGACAAAAUUCAUGUCGUCCGUCGCAGCGUGGAUACAGUCAACGGCAAUGAAUCUAUUGCCUACCGUGACCUGGGAGAGGCUAUCAAGAGAUAUAUGCGAUCGAUUGUGAAAGGAUAUAUUUGUCACAGUCCAGACAGGGUUUGUGUGGCAGGCCCUCCUGGACCAUCAGGCGUUCGUGGACUUCCCGGAAAGAGAGGGCCUAAAGGAAUUAAGGGAAAAAAGGGAACACAAGGAGUUAUGGGACCUCCAGGAGAACCGGGAAAGCAAGGCAUCAAGGGAGAUAUUGGGCCUGACGGGGUCAAAGGGGAAAAAGGCAGUGCAGGAAUUCCAGGGCAUCCGGGACCUAAAGGUGAACCAGGACAGUCCAUAUCUACACCAACAGUAACUGUAUCGCCAGCUUUACUCACUGUCAUUCGGAACCAGUCUGCUAAGUUUUACUGCUCGGUAGAUGGCAAUCCAAAGCCCAAAGUUUCCUGGAGUAGAAUAAAUGGUGCAAGAUUAGCAAAUUCGGACAGUUCAAAUUAUUUGUUACAUAUCAGCAAAGCCACCUUCAAUGACUCAGGAAAUUAUGUUUGCACAGCUAAAAACAUUUUGGGACAGGUUGAGAAAGCUGUACGGCUUUUUGUGGAAGUGCCCCCGCAUUUUACCAAGAUCCCGGAUCGAUUUAUGCGAAUUAAAGCAAACACAGUAGCCUCUGUUUCCUGUCAAGCUUUUGGUUUUCCUCCCCCGGCAAUUCAAUGGUCGAAGGCAUUUUCUCCAUUGCCACAAGGACGAUCAUCUGUGACAAACGGCACUCUUAUGAUCACCAGUUUUACCCUUCAAGACGACGGUGAUUAUCAAUGCAAAGCUACAAACAAGCUGGGAUCUGUUAGUGUUUUGACAACCCUAAACUAUCUUAAAGUAUUUCGCAAAGCCAUCUUUACAAAUCUUGGUGCAAGUGGAAGAUUUGGUCCAACUUCAUUUGGUAGCCACUACACAGGCCAGGAUCAUGACGGACAAGUUACACUGUCCAGCGGUAUUCAACAGUGGACGGUGCCGUAUACUGGUGACUACAGAAUAGAAGCAAUAGGAGCUGCAGGUGGGUUCGAUACAGGAAUUAACAAUGCUCAGUACCGAGGAAGAGGAGCGAGAAUGAUUGGAACAUUUAGCUUAAACCAAGGUGAAGUCAUUCAGAUACUUGUUGGUCAAGAAGGAGAAAUAAAUAAGCAGUCUAUUUCUUCUGGAGGCGGUGGAGGUACAUUUGUGGUGAGAGGAGCCAACAAUCCUUUGAUCAUAGCCGGGGGUGGAGGAGGCACACACGCUCUAGUCUCAAGGCAUUCAGGAUGUGAUGCUAGCUCUGUUUCACGGGGAAAUCCUGGGUACAGAUCCUGGUCGGGGGGACGUAAUGGACAUGGUGCACAAACAGCUGAUGCUCACAAUUCUGGUGGCGGCGGAGGAGGUUUCUACUCCAGCGGCAGAAGCUCAAAGCAGUUUGGUGGUACCAUGGGAGAUGGUGGUGAGGGUGGUAAAGGAUUUCUCCAGGGAGGAGUGGGAGGUAGAGCUAAGUUUAACAAUGCUGUUGGUGGAUUUGGUGGAGGUGGAGGUGCUUAUGGACGUGGAGGAGGGGCAGGAGGAGGAGGAGGGUACUCUGGAGGAGGCAGUGGAGAUAAUGUGAGAAAUUCUUGUGGAGGCGGUGGAGGAUCUUACAAUGCUGGUAAAAAUCAACAAAACGAAUGUUGCUAUCGAUCAUCUGGCCAUGGUCAGGUUAUCAUAACCGAAAUGUAAAAAGACCAAAAACACCAUCUAUGAUGAAAAGCCCUCAGCGAUGACUGAUUAAACAGCUAAAAUAAUAGUGUAUGUAACUAUUAGCCAACAAGACCCAAAAGUGUAGAACGUAUGGUCAGAGUGUGGUUUUCAAUAUAGAAUUAACACCUUUUCUGGCAUCAAUAAACCCUUAACGACUGAUCCUGUGUUAAAACAGCCCUUUUCCUUGCGGAGGCCAGGGAAAAAUCAUCCGUUUCUCGAGGAAACAGUCGGGAAGUUAUUGGUAUAGCACAACGAAACAAUUUAAGGUUGUAAUGUGAAAAAAAGAAAAAAAUCGAAAAAUCAGUGAUGAAUUCUUCGUAACUGGGUAAGGGCACAAAAUACCUAUAAUGUCACGCUGCCUUCACGACACCUUAAAUCGCGCUCUUUUUACGUGCAACUGAGUGCUGUUGCCCCCUCAUAGACGUUUGACGGGACACAAUUUCAUUUUUGGAUGUCAUAUGACCCCUAAGUAACCCAUGAGAGCCUGCGCUGUUGGGGAAAAAUCCAGCACUAUGACAAUAUAUCUUAUCUCAAUCUAUCUUAUCGUGUAUUAUUACAUUUUCCACAAAAAAGAAAUAAAAUAUGAGUAUGGCUUAAUUGGGCAACAUGUUGUAUUAAUUUUUCUAAAUUUUCAGUCAAGUAUUGAAAUAACAAUAUUUUGUAAGAGUAAGCCAUCAGAACGACCAUGUGAUUUAAGUGGGCCUUACCAGUUUUCCAUCGAAGGUUAUUUGAAAAUAUCGAAAAGGUCGAGUGACUUGUAUUAUUUCAUUUAAAAGUUAAAUAAGAAGUCAAACAAUUCUUUCCCAUCAAUGCUUUCAUUUCGCGAUAUCCUAUCUGAAGAGUGCACUUUUCAAAGUCUAGAUUAGCUUUCCAGCGGUCCUUGUAGUAUUCAGUUUGUUAUUUUAUUUUAUUAAGCUCAAGAUAUUUAGCUUGUGAAUGAUCAACCCUUGAAUUACUUUUUGAAAAUAUUUCAUUCAGCAAGUAUAAGUUCCCAGGGUCAGAGGACACAGGAACGUGCUUGUUACAUUUAUUCAAUUACGUUUGUUUCCGAAAGAGUGGGAAGAAAAUAAGAAAGGAGCCGUAAAUUCUGUAAAAAAACGCUGUUUUCAGAUAAGGAAGUAAACCAGUAACAUAGGAUUUAUAGAGAUCUCAAUAUUUCUUCUUGUUUUUCGUGUAGGUGUUUAAUUCAGGUUAGUCAUAUGAUUAUUAAACGGAAUAAAACUUAUUGUCAA